AUGAAAGCCGUAGAUCAGUUUAUCUCUUCAAUCAUUUUAGUAGUAACUUUAACAGCGUCGUUAGUACAAGGACAAAUUUUAGAUGCAAGCGUUCGCGAUUUAGCACCGUCUUCUUCUAUAGCUGCUAGCGCAACAUGUGGUACUAAUAGGCCGGAAAAUUUUUGCCUACUGGAUCGGCCAGAUAGUUGUUCAACUUGCGAUAAUACUGCUAAUGCUCCAAGCAAUCAACGCCAUCCAAUAGGAUAUGCUAUCGACGGAACAGAAAAAUGGUGGCAAUCUCCAACGUUAACAAAUGGUUUCGACUAUAAUAACGUAACCAUCACUUUAGAUCUUAAACAGAUUUUUAGGGUAACCUACAUUAUUUUGGCUACCGCUAAUUCUCCUGCACCUGCUCGAUGGGUCCUUGAACGCUCUUUAGAUGGGCGAAGUUUUACUGCUUGGCAAUAUUACGCACAAUCUGAAUCAGAGUGCUACGAUCAAUUUAAGACUGAAACUAAUCCAGAUGGUAUAUUUUCCAGCGAUAGCCAAGUUAUAUGCGUUACUACCGGCAUCGUUGCUAAUCAAUUUCAAAAUGCUCAGGUAAUCGCUCAAUUUUUAACUGGGAGACCUGGCUCUAGAAUUAGUGGUUAUACUGAAGAAUUAAGGAAUUUUCUAUCUGCCCGAUAUGUACGAUUAAGAUUGUUGCAAAUACGUACCCUAGGAGGUGAUAUUCAGAGCCCUGAAAUACAAGAUGCCUCAUAUUUCUACUCUAUCAAAGGAAUUACAGUAAGCGGGGAAUGCAUGUGUAAUGGACAUGCUAGACGAUGCGAAUAUAGCAGCACAACCGACAGCUAUAGUUGCUUAUGCGAGCGUAAUACUUGUGGACCAUCUUGUGAUAGAUGUUGUGACUCAUUUAUUCAAAAGUCAUGGAAACCAGCUGCUGAAAAUUCAUCCAAUGCUUGUGAACCUUGUCAAUGCUUCAAUCAUACCAAUCAGUGUCUAUAUAAUCAGACGAUAGCGGAUCAAAAUCAAAGUUUAGAUAUUCAUGGUAAUUAUCAAGGUGGUGGAAUCUGUCAAAAUUGCCAGCAUAAUACUGAAGGCAUAAAUUGCCAACGAUGUAAAUAUCUCUAUUAUCGACCAACUGGUGUUUCACGCAGUGCCAUAGAUGCAUGCCAAGCAUGUGGAUGCAAUGCAGCUGGAAUACGUGAUGAACCAGGAAGACCAACUGGAUCUUGUAUAAGAGAUGAAGAAGAAGCUCGUAGUUAUCCACAAAUGAACUCUGGAGACUGUUUCUGUAAGCAAUAUGUCACAGGAAGCAAAUGUGAUCGAUGCGCUAUCGGGUUUGAUGGUUUUCCGAUAUGUAGCCCUUGUCGAUGUAAUCCAUUCGGCAGUGUUAAUUCCACUUGUCAAAGUACUAAUUGCCAAUGCAAGCCUAAUGUUCAAGGAAGUGGUUGUCGUCAAUGUAAACCGGGUACAUAUGGAUUGGAUAAUAAUGAUCCUGUCGGGUGUACAAAAUGCUAUUGCUUCAACUUGACAUCAACUUGUAGUAGUUCAAAUUUAGUUAAGAAACAGGUCAGCUCUCUAAGCGGCUGGAAAGUUUAUGAUGUCAGAAAUCAAAAUUCUUUUUCAGUAAUAGUACAGCAUAAUAGACUUAACUAUAACCUUACUGAUGGAGCUGACACAUUCCACUGGCAAGCUCCUAAUGAAUAUACCGGAAAUUUGUUGACAUCGUAUGGUGAAAAUUUUCGAUAUACAUUACAGUACGUUACCACAUUGACAGUAACUCGAGAAUUUCGACCAGAAAUAGUUAUUAUUGGUAGUAAUGGCAUGAGAUUGAGGAAUCAAGCACAACCUUUAAAAUUCGAUGUUCUAGGAGAAGUUCAAGCACGACUAUUAGAGGUAACAACUGAUUUAAGACGAAAAUUAAUGAUUCAGAUACCAUUAACUCGUGAACAAUUUAUGAUGACAUUGAAUCAUGUAACAGGAGUAUUUAUCCGUCUAAGUUUUAUUUCUAAUCAAAGAAAUUCCUACGUUAGUAAUAUCACUCUGACGAAAGGAAUUGAAGGGACUUACAGUUCAGAUGGCACAGUUAAAGUAGAAAAAUGCCAGUGUCCUACUGGAUACGCUGGAUUAUCAUGUGAAAGAUGUACAACUGGAUAUCGUCGCGAAAAUGGUCAAUUAAAUGGCAAAUGUAUACCAUGCAAAUGUAACAAUCAUACUGAUUCCUGCGACGAUAUUACUGGUAUCUGUUAUAACUGUCAACAUAACACCCAAGGUAGUGACUGUGGACAAUGCCAAUUAGGUUAUUAUGGCAAUGCUACGUAUGGAACGCCUAAUGAUUGUAAACAAUGUGCGUGUCCUUUAUCUGUGGCCAGCAAUAACUUUAGUCCAACAUGUCAAUUACUAGCUGAUGGCGUUAAUUUACUUUGUACUAACUGUUCAACUGGUUAUACUGGACAAACUUGUCAGAGUUGUUCUGAUGGCUACUAUGGCAAUCCUAAAGAAAUUAAUCAAACUUGCCGACCUUGUAAUUGUAGUGGUAAUAUCAACCUUUCGCUACAAGGAAAUUGUAAUACAACAACUGGUGUUUGCUUAAAAUGCCAAGGCAAUACAACAGGAGAUCAAUGUCAAGUUGGCUAUUAUGGACUAGAAAGUAACUCAAGUUGCAAAAGUUGCGAUUGUCAUCCAGUGGGCUCGGUUAGCCCUUUAUCAAGUUGCGAUACCAGUUCUGGUCAAUGUCCAUGUAAGCCUGGCAUCGGAGGACGGGAUUGCAGCAGAUGCGCUAGAGGCUACUGGAACUUUACAAAAGAUGGUUGUGCGCCUUGUAAUUGCUCAAAAACCGGAGGUGCAUGCGACGCUUCGACUGGAAACUGUGACUGUCCACCACAUGUUGAAGGAAAAUAUUGUGAUACUUGUGCUCCACAAGCCUACGGCUACGAUCCAUUGGAAGGUUGCCAGGUAACCAAUACCAAAGUGAUAGUCUGGUUUACAUGCCAUUCUUUCAUUUGA